CUUUUCGAAGGGAGGUAAAAAUGUUGCUGCGGUGAAACACUGUGUGGAGUGUGAUGAAAAUCUGUGUACAUCAUGUGUCAAUGAUCAUAACAAGUUUUCCGCCAUGAAAGGGCACCAGAUGUUGGACAAACUGCAACAAUCGAACGUACAGAGACCGCAGCUGCCAAGCCAGAGGUGUACCUAACAUGGAGGAAGGGUUAUAGAUGUCUACUGUCCUGAUCAUGACACAGUCUGCUGUUCAACCUGUGUCGCUGUUGAACACAGUGUCUGUCGUGGAAUACAGUUUAUACCCGACGUUGCGAAAGAUGUAAGAAAACGCAAAGACCUUCAGGAUCUAGAGUCCAAGAUGACGAGUCUAGAGUCUCGUCUUAGCACGCUACUUAAAAAGAAACACGUUGACUUAAAGAAGCUAAAACAGAAUAAAGAUGAAAUACUGAAAGACAUUCGAGCGUUGAGAAAGAAAAUUAAUGACCACCUUGAUAAGAUUGAACAAGAAUUUAUUGAUGAAACUACAGUAAUAUUCGAAGGGGAAAUGCAAAAUAUUGAAGCCGAUGAAAAGAAACUUGAAAUGGUACUUGCAGAACUCGGUAAAAGUCAACAACAGCUAAAGGCAGCUAAAGAUGAAACCGAUUCAGAAGUAUUUGUUCAAAUGAAGACAACAAAUACAAGCGUAAAGAAAAUCAAAGAUUCAGUUGACAAAAUGGAGCAGAGUGGACAUGUUCCAGAUUUUAAGAUAAAAUUUGAUAGGGCCCUUGAGUGUUUUCAAGACGAAAUUCGAGUAAUGGGAAAACUAACUGAACUAUCGCCCAAUAUUUCUAUGACAAUGCAGAGAGAAUAUGAAUGCAGAGUAAAAGAAGACGACAACAGGCGUGAUAACAUACAAGGAAUCUGCCUGACAACCAGGGGAAAUAUACUUCUGACUGAUUUUUUAAACAAGAAACUCAAACAGAUAAACGGCACUGAUAGCCUUGUAUCCUGUCUGAAAGUGCCUGGCUCUCCCUUCGGUAUUUGCAAGAUAUUCGACGAUCAGUUUGCUGUUACCCUGUUACAUGAAAAGAAAGUUCAGUUUGUCAAAGUCAAUGAACAAAUGCGAUUGUUAAGUUCAUUUACUCUUGGAGAUAAAUGCCGGGGAGUAUCUUAUAACAAUUGUGUUAUCUUUGUCUGCUGUGGUAGAGGUGGAGGGAAAGCAAGGUUGGCAGAAGGCCCAGGUCAUAUUGAGCUAUACAAUGAAAAUGGGGUAUUAAUGAGGUCAUAUUUUGAAUCUAUCAGAUGUCCAAUCGGUUUAGCAUUUUCCAGUAACGGGAAAGAGAUGUGGAUUGCUGACAGAUACAAUGGACUUAUCAUUAUGGAUAGCAACGGCUAUCUUCUAUCGAAGAAUACAUUUAAGGAAGUACAGCAGCCAGAGGCUAUCUGCAAGCUUCGCGACGAUAUUGUAUGCAUCAGUGAUGUCAAGAGUGGUAACCUUGUAACCAUAGUUGAUGGUAUUGUAAAACAAAUUCUACUCACAGAUACAGGUGGCAUUUUAGCCAUGUGUUUCGAUGACAAACGCUCACAACUCAUAAUAAGUGCAUACGGUCAUGAGAAGAUCAAAGUCUUUGAAAUAUAUCGUUAG